CACGUCGAUUGUUUGAUUACAAUUUUCAUGAUUUUUUUUUUUUUCGUUUUUGUUUUUGAAUAUAGUCAACAGUCAUGGUUAGAAACUACAAAAGACGUACGUUAGGAACCUUCAGUGAAGAAAAUAUGAGAGAAGCUGUUAAAUUAGUAUUAGGAGGUAUGUCACUCAGGAAAGCGGCAGAACAAAAAUUAGUGAAGUUUCAAACAUUAGCUAGGUAUGUAAAGAAACAAAAAAAUGAUCUCAAAUCUAAUUUAAGGAUGUGUCCGCGGUAUGACUGUCGUCUAGUUUUUAAUAAAAACCAAGAAAAACAACUUGUUAAUUAUCUGAUUAAAUGCUCAAAAAUGUGUUAUGGGUUAAACACUGUCGAAUGUAAGAAAUUUGCAUAUGAAUUAGCAAAAAAAAAUGAUUUGAAAAUGCCUUGUACUUGGGAAACAAAUCAAUCAGCUGGGUCUGAAUGGAUGUCAUCUUUUUUAAAAAGAAAUCAAGAAAUAAGUCUACGAUCACCCGAGGCGUGCAGUCUAUCAAGAGCCACAUCAUUUAAUAGGCAUAAUGUCAUGCAAUUUUUCGAUAAGUUAAUGACAAUUAUGAAAAGACAUCCAAAGUUUAGUGAUGGCUCUCGUAUAUAUAACUUAGACGAAACCGGUGUUACUACAGUUCAAUCUCCAAAAAAAGUUAUUGCUGAAAAAGGUAUAAAAAGAUUAAAUAAAGUUACAAGUGGAGAAAGGGGAGUUCUCGUGACUGUUUGUUGUAUUAUAAAUGCGUAUGGUUAUUCAUUGCCUCCUUCGUUCAUUUUUCCUCGUGUUAAUUUCAAGAAUCAUAUGCUAAUAGGUGCCCCGAGUGGAUCUUUAGGAUUGGCAACUCCCUCCGGUUGGAUGAAUUCAACACUGUUUAUUGAAGUAUUAGAUCAUUUUAUAAAAUUUACUAAUUGUUCUACUGAAAACCCUGCACUGUUAAUCAUGGAUAAUCAUGAAAGUCAUAUUUCAUUAGAGUGUAUUGAUAAAGCUAAAUCCAAUGGCAUCACAAUCUUAACAUUGCCCCCACAUUGUAGCAAUCGAAUGCAGCCAUUAGAUGUUAGUGUUUAUGGGCCUUUUAAAUCUUUUUAUAAUCAUUCAGUAGAUUCUUGGCUACAGGCACACCCUGGAAAAACAAUAUCAAUAUAUGAAGUAGCAGCUUGUGUUGGAAAAGCAUUUGAAAAGUCUAUGACUCCAUCCAAUAUAAAAUCUGGUUUUAAAUCUACAGGAAUUUUCCCUUACGAUAACGACACACGAGACGAGUCAGCUCAUGAGAGAUACACCCGUAACGUGGAACUCCAAGGAGUCACUGGAACUAUGCCAUCUGCACGCUAG